AUGGAGGUAUCUACUACAGCUGAACCCAGCGCCACCAACGCCACCACCACCGCCACCGCCCUUCACACAGAGGAAGAGCCCAUGCAACCCUCCCCUGUGGCAGCAGUCUCGACCCCAGGAGCAGAGGCAAAGGCUUCAGGAAGAGGAGGAGGAGGAGAAGUAGAAGCAAGACCUAGGUUCAUUGACCUAAUUUUUGACACGAUCCUCCUUGAAGAAUCGACCCUCCACCGUUCCAGAUCGGCCCCCGUCCGCGGGAUCAACAACUCCAACAAACCGAUCCUCGUACCUUUGUUCUAUACCCGUCUGGCUAGAGCUUUUGAAAUCGCCCAGGAGGUCUGUCGUGCGUACCAUGAAGUACACCCGAAGCAUGGCGUGAGCGCAUUGGCGGAGAAUGAGUUGGAGGAUGCUGGGUUGGAGGAUGUUGAGAGGGUCAAGAUGUAUGUGAGGGACAUUGGGGGGUGUAAUGGGUACUUUUUGGAUGCGGAAGGCUGUCGCGGUGGCGGGGGUACCCUUCUUGCUGCAAAGGCUGUUCGUGUGGAUCAGGAUGGUGAUCAUGGUCGUCAUGAUGGAGAUAAGAGUGAUCUGCAGCAGGAGCAUGCACAGGAACAGGAACAGGAGCAGGAGCAUGCACAGGAAGCGGACAGUGAUGUUGAGGUACAGGAUCAAGACCGCUCUGAUCAGCAACAAGGUCACGAUGAAGACAACGUUGUCUUUGUCAAGGCAGGCAUCGUAUUCCCAUCAGGACGGCUUUCGGUCUCGGACAGCUAUUUCAUCCCGGCGCUCAACGAGGUCCAGAUCAAGGAGUUUAACGAUCGAUAUGGUCAUGUCAACCCAGAGUAUCAGGACAUGGUCGCCCGAGUAUUGUUCAGACUCCGUAAAGAUUACUGGAACCGCACCAUCACAACAUCUGACAUUGAUCGCUCGGAACCGGAACUGCUGAUGCCCUAUGGGUCCAGGUACGCCCAACGACGUCGUGAGAUCCAGGCAAGGAAGCAGGCCGAGAAGGCUAUGGGCACCUCGGAUGCUGUUAUGAGUCAGGCGGCGGCGCACCAUCUGGGCGAGAUCAGUCAGCGAUUGAAGGGGUUACAGAUUGUAGAGGCUAAAGGGAAAGGUGAUCGCAAGCCGACAUACGGGUUACAGGGCUUGUUUGAUCUGCCCUUGGUUGUGCCGGCCGAGGGCGCUUUCAAGACUGUGGGCGACGGGAUCAUGGAGCUUUAUCAGAGAUUGGUGCCGAGUCAGGAGUAUAUGACCAGGCGCACCAUGCUUGUGCAGAAGCUUCAGGGGAUUUUGAAUGCUGGUUUCCCAGGCCAAAAAUUGCGUCUUGAAGUCUUUGGGUCAUAUGCAAGUGGAUUGGGUUCGGAAUCGAGCGACGCCGAUCUAUGCAUCACAACUGACCACUUUCAACAAACAGCCUCAUACAACAAUGUUCGCGCGGUCGCCAAUGUCCUACGACGCGGGGGGAUGAUUCAAGUCCAGCCGAUCACGAAUGCACGCGUUCCCAUUGUCAAGUUUGUCGACCCAGCGACCAGGACCAAAUGUGAUGUGAACACUAACCAUGUCCUCGGGAUCCACAACAGCGAGCUGAUCCGUUGCUACACCAUGAUUGACGAUCGAGUACGACCGUUCCUGUACAGUCUCAAGACGUUGGUCAAGAAGCAUGGGAUCAAUGAUUCGAGUCAGUCUUGGUUGAGUAGUUAUGCCUAUGUCAUGAUGGCUAUUGGGUUCUUGCAGGCACAGGAACCGCCAGUUUUACCCGCCUUGCAGAUGCAACCCGAGUCGCACAUGACGGAGCUCUAUGUCCAGAUGAACCACGAGGGUCGCGGCGGCAAGGAUGUCAUCAACUGCACAUUUGAUCGGGACCCAGGACGCUACAAAGACUUUGGCGCCGCCAACACCAAAUCUGUCGGCCAGCUGUUGAUCGAGUUUUUUGAGUUUUACUCCCGAUUUUACGACUACCAAACCAUGGAGGUCAAUGUCCGUGUUGGUGGCGGAGUCCGCACCCGAGAGGAACUGACCAAGGCCCGCAAGAAUGGCAACCCGAACGUCAAACCCCCUCAGCGUGGCAGGGGCGAGAAGAAACUGAUUGUCAUGGACCCGUUUAUCCUCGACCGUAAUGUUGCAGGAUCGUGUUCGGGCCGACAUUUGGUCAGGGUGUGGACUAUUUUUGAGACGUUGUAUCUGACGUUGAGUCGUGGAGAUUUCCAGGGCGCGUUUGAGACCAUUUCGGGACAUGCUGAUGAUGACGAGGAGUUUGCGAGGGGACGGUACCCACCUGGGGGCCGUAAGGGUGGCUUGACACCUGCGCAGGAAAAGAUACUUGCGUCCAAGCAGGCUCGUGCUGCUGCUCAGGUCAAGAUUGCUGCUGUGCGACCACGGACGCCUGUUCAGGUUCAACAGGCACCUCCUGUUCACCCUCAGGUCAAGGUGGCUGAAACCCCUGUCCAGGCACAGGGACAAGUACAAGAGAAGACCGUGAUUGGACCUGGAGCGACUGAGACCCAUCGAUCGAGGGAGAAGAAGACGGAAAGGAAGCUGGAGAGAAAGGAGAUUAGACGCGAGCAGCGAGAGUCGCACAAGGCUUCACGCGACCACCAAGCUGGAUCGUCCUCGUCCUCGUCACGGAACAUAUCCAGUUCGAUAGCGUCCACUCCUGCCACCGCAGAAGCCGCUCAACAGCCUGUUCAGGAACCAGCCGUCGUUCAAGUCGUUGCGAGCGCCGCCGUGAUCGCCUCAGGACAUACCGAUGGCAAGAAGAACGCGACCGCUGCGUUUGAUGCUGGGGAUUCUGAAGGAGGAGCUGUUGAUGGAGACGAUGACGCCGGUGACGACAAUGAUUCACAGCAGGGUGGUCCCGACGGUGAUUCCAGGUCUCGAAAACGUCGCCAGAGGCGAUCUGUUGCUCGGACACUCCAUUCUGUUACCGCCGCUGAUUCUACUGGUGUUGCUGGUACGGCCGCGUCCGGUUCUGUGGCACCUGUUCCUGCUCCUCCUCCUGCUGCUGCUUCUCCUCUUAGAGGAACUGCGAGAGAGGGAGCCGUCGCAGCGGCCGUCUUUGCCUCCGCCGUAGCUCGUGCUACCAACUCUGUUAGCCUCAAGCAGACCGUCUCUCAGCAACCUGUUGUCGUCGGAGCUGGCAGUAACGAUACCACCCAGCUCAGCAGCACCAACACCAGCGACAACAGCAACAGCAACAUCACCAACAGCAACAACAACAACAACAACAACAAGCCGACUCAGCAGCCAUUGGGAGACCAGUUUGCUCAACAUCUCCAACAGAAGCAUUUGCAGAUCCAACAACAGCUACUGGCACAGCAAGCUCAGAAGAAGCAGCAGAAGCAGCAGAAGCAGUUGAAUAAGCAGCUCAAUCGACAGAUGAAUAAGCAACAACAGGGUCAGCAGCAAGGGCCACAUCAGGGUCAACAGCAGCAGCAGCAGCAGCAGCAGUUGAAUCCACAAUUCCCAGUCCUGGCCAAGACGCACAAGCUCCUCCUUGGCAAGACUAAAGAAGGCGGUGCCGCUUUCGGUGGUGCCGGUGGUGCUGGUGGUGCUGGUGGUGCUGGUGGUGGUGGAGGAGGGCGCAAGAACAAGGAUGUUGCCAAUGGUAAUAACUCGGCUUCUGGCAAUGGUGCCCCUGCUGCAACUUCAGAUGGUGUGACUUUGACGACUGGUGGAGGAUUCAAGCGCAAAAGCUCUCGUAUUCAGCCCAAGCCUCCAACUCAACCUCAAUCUGCAACUCCCAAAACUGCCGUCGCCACCGCCGCUGCAGGUGCAACAGCUGCUGCUCAUGAGCAUUAG